AUGCCUGGAGACAUUGCAAAAGGAAAGAAGGCAUUUGUCCAGAAGUGUGCCCAGUGCCAUACUGUGGAGGAUGGUGGAAAGCACAAGGUUGGGCCUAACCUUUGGGGUCUGUUUGGGCGUAAAACUGGUCAAGCAGAGGGUUACUCCUACACUGAUGCCAACAAAAGCAAAGGUAAGUAUUGAGCAUGCAUAUGGUGUAUUAAAAGUUCAAGAGUUGCUGUUGCAGGUGAAAACUAUAACCCCCUUGUUUGUGCUCUCUGUACUUCCAGGCAUUGUUUGGAAUGAGGACACUCUGAUGGUUUAUCUGGAAAACCCCAAGAAAUACAUUCCAGGAACAAAGAUGAUCUUUGCUGGCAUCAAGAAAAAGAACGAAAGAACCGACCUUAUAGCUUAUCUCAAGUCUGCAACUUCAUAA